CGUACAUAUAUCAUUCGCGAUGUUCGUUAUUGCGGGAGUGACUGCUUACAUAUGACUUUCCCCCCUUGGCAGAAAAGUACAUUUUGCAGAGCUGGCGCGAAGCAAGUAGAGUUACAGUUGUUUUGCCCUUUUCGGAGGAAUAGCAGUUUUCUCAUUUGUCCUGCUCAUUGUUGAGAUUAGCAGCUGGACCAAUUCAACAGGCGCCGCGGCGAAAUGUGUGGGAGGCACAAAACGUGGGGAAAACCUUUUUCAAAAUAAUCACAUAAUUACUAUUUUGUUGAUAUUUUUUAUUCGUAUUUGUAAGAAGCAUCCCUUUUUUUGUUUCCUCCUUUUUUCAUUUGCUACGCCAAUGCUGUCAAUAAGGAAGAGCAACGUUUACGACCUGUUGUCCAUGCAACAGUGCAAUAGCGUAAACCUGCCCGAAAAUUACAACAUGAGAUAUUAUUUUUACCAUGCCUUAUCGUGGCCAUCGCUGAGCCAAGUGGCAGAGGAUGGAAAGGGAAAAGUUUGCGGAUAUACCUUAGGAAAGUUGGAAGAAGAAAAUGAUAAGAAGGGUCAUUUAACUUCAGUUGCCGUUUUGAAAACGUACAGGAAGCAGAAACUUGCUUAUCAUUUAAUCACACAGACACACCAAUUUGUGAAUGAUAUAUACCACGUACAUAACAUUUGCUUGCAUGUUCGAGUGAGCAACUACGCCGCGUUGAAUUUGUACAAUAACGUGUUAAAUUAUAAAGUGAAGGGAAUCGAACCGUUGUAUUAUGGAAAUAAGGAAGACGCCUAUUUGAUGGAGCACCUUUUUGUUAAAUAGGCCCAUGGCAGGAGAGGAGUCCUUUGUGGUGGCCGUCACCGUCGUGGAGUUGAUCACCUCUACGAUGUUGCGACAUUGUAAAUGUUAAAAUGUUAAUUACCAAAUGAGAUGAACAUAUUUACGCACAU